CAUUUCUUCCAUUUCCUAGUUGCAAAUGUCGAGCGGAUUGCAGUUCACUCUGACGCCAAACCUGCGCAAGGCAGUGCUCGCGAUCAACCAGGUCGACGCGUCCAAGUUCCCGCGCAUCCUGCUCCGCGUCAGCCAGAAGCUCCAUCUCAAGGACGUGAAGAGCUUCACUGAGAUUGAGGAGCAGCAGCUGCAGGAGGCACUGGGACUGAGCGCCGAGUCCAUUGCGCUGCUGCUGGAGACGUCUGCGUUCGUGCUGGAGCAGAGCGCCUACCACGCAGCCAAGCCCGACGCACUCGCAGCGCAGUUGCGUGCCAUCGAGCUCGACGACGACAAGGUCGAGGCGUUCAUUGCCGUCUGGCGCAAGGAAGGACCCCAGAUUGUCACGCGCCUGCGAGACUUUUCGCUGCACCCGGACAAGGUCGAUGCAGUCAACUGGUCGCUCCAUCUGCAAAUGGCUCAGGCAUCCGCGGCAAAAGUCAAGGCCACCUCGGCCAUCCUCGAGCUCCAGGUCGCCCACGACUCGACUCCAAAGCGACCAACGGAGCGAAUUCACGUCGAGUUCUCGCAUGACGAACUCUUUGCCUUCUAUAACAAUCUUGAAAUCAUCCAAGAACAACUGGAUCAAUUGUCUUGAGCAAUUUCCCCCGAUACAUGCGUGUCUGUUUUCGCAAAGUCUUUUGUUAAUUCGUAUUUGGUCUGCUUUUUGUGUGUGUGUGUGGAGUGUUGCUGUCAUUCUUUUGUCGCUCUGCUUUGAUUGUGGUGUUGUUAUUGCUUGUUCAACUCAAAGUACAGCGUACGCUCAGC